AUGUCGCGGGAGAGACCCAAAAGAGGCACACUACCUCCGGCUCAAGAGAAUAUUGAGAAAUUAGAGAAAGUUGUAGAGGAAGGUAAUUACUAUGGAGCUCAGCAAAUGUACAAAUCUAUUAGUGCAAGAUAUGUAUCUGCUCAGAGGUAUUCUGAGGCUUUGGAUCUCCUUCAGUCUGGUGCAUGCAACCAACUGAAACAUGGGCAGGUUACUUGUGGGGCAGAGUUAGCUGCUUUGUUUGUGGAUACGCUUGUCAAAGGAAGAUUCCCUUAUGACGAUGAAAUCCUUGCCCGUGUCAGGAAAAUUUAUAAAGAAUUUCCUCGGAUACCUAUGCCACAACAGUUGGGGGAUUUAGAUGACGUGCAACAACUUUCUGAAACACUUGGGGCAGCAAAAACAUGUGUUGAGGGCUGCUCAUCAUUCCUAAAGGCUGCUCUUAAGUGGUCUGCGGAGUUUGGCGCACCCAGGGUUGGGGCUCCAGAAAUACAUGUUAUGUUAGCGAACUACAUAUAUUUUGAAUCUCCUGAGGUGGACAUGGUUAGAGUGUCACAUCAUUUCGUCAGAGGAAACAACCCAAAAGAGUUUGCUUCAACCUUAGUAAAUUUUAUGGGAAAGUGUUAUCCAGGGGAAGAUGAUUUGGCCAUUGCACGAGCGAUUUUAAUGUUGUUAAGAGAUGCUCUUCCUCUUUUCAAUAUGUUGAGAGCUAAGUACAAAUCAAGCUUAGACAGAGAACCUACAUUUCAUGAGUUGCUAGAUGAAAUUGCAGAGAAGUUUUAUGGAGUGCGGCGCCGAAAUCCUCUGCAAGGGAUGGGGAUGUUUGGGGAGAUCUUCAAGGAUGGAGACUAA